ACACAGAGAGAGACACAAACACAAACAUAGAGAGAGAGAGAGAGAUGGCGAACGAGAAGCCAAUGAAUAUCUCCACUUUCUUCUGUCUGUUAUUACAGUUAUUCUUCAUCUUCAAUCUCGCAAGAGGGGAGCUACAGAUGAACUACUACGGGGAGAGCUGUCCGAAAGCAGAGGAGAUAAUAAGACAGCAAGUAGAGACACUCUAUUACAAGCACGGCAACACUGCUGUCUCGUGGCUCCGCAAUCUCUUCCACGACUGCGCCGUCAAGUCAUGCGAUGCAUCGCUGCUGUUGGAGACGGUGGAAUCGGAGCAGAAAUCGGUGAGGAGCUUCGGGAUGAGGAAUUUCAAGUACGUCAAGACCAUCAAAGACGCUCUCGAGAGGGAAUGUCCCUCCACCGUCUCUUGCGCCGACAUCGUCGCCCUCUCCGCCCGUGAAGGCAUCGUCAUGCUGAAGGGGCCGAGGAUAGAGAUGAAGACAGGGAGGAGAGACAGCAGAGAGAGCUACUUGGGAGAAGUGGAGAGGCUAAUCCCAAACCACAACGACUCUCUCUCUUCCGUUCUCUCCACUUUUGAUUCCAUGGGCAUCGACCUCGAAGCCACCGUCGCUCUCUUAGGAGCUCAUUCGGUGGGUCGAGUGCACUGCGUGAACCUAGUCCACCGUCUCUACCCAACGGUCGAUCCGACCCUCGACCCGAAUUACGCCCAGUACCUAAAGGGCCGGUGUCCCACGCCCAACCCGGACCCGAACGCAGUGUUAUACUCCCGGAACGACCGUGAAACCCCGAUGGUCAUAGACAAUUUCUACUUCAAGAACAUUUUGGAACACAAGGGACUGUUAACGGUGGACGAAGAACUAGCUACCGAUCCCAGAACAGCUCCGUACGUGACGAAGAUGGCGGCGGACAAUGGCUAUUUCUACGCGCAGUUCUCUCGGGGUGUGAGGCUCCUGUCGGAGACAAACCCUCUCACCGGCGACCAAGGAGAGAUCCGCCGAGAUUGUCGCUUUGUUAACAAGUGAUGAUGUGUCAUGUGUGUUUGUGUUUUAUUUUGAUAUUAUGAAUUAUGGAUGUGAAUGGUUACUGCUGUCAUGGGCCUGGGGAAAACGCUGUAAAUUCCCGAAAAGAGAAUGGGAAUACUUGUUCAAUUGUGCUCA